UCUGAGACUUUGCAUUUCAGCUGAGGACUUUUCCAGGUAUAAAAUUUAUGCCGUUUUGUUUUUCACCCCAGGUUUGGACUUCCCCAAAACUCCUUUCACAGGGACCAACGCCACUUGCUAAUGUGACAAACACCAGCUCCUUUUCCCCCGACCGCAGUGACUUUGGCUGGGAGUGGAGUGGUGGCCGCGGCCGGCCCCGUCUCUUCUCAAUGCCGCCCUCGGCAGGCUCCGAGGACCGGUGGCAGCCAUGCCUCCCCCUGCCGCCGCGGUUCCUUGCCCCCGGCGCUGACCUGCACGGUGGGCGCCCUCAGGACCCCCGAGGACUGAUUGUCUGACCUUGCCUCACAGCCCCAGUAACACCUGCCCCCAAGAUGUCGCUCGAGUGGCUGGUGGCCUGGAGCUGGUCGCUCGAUGGCCUGCGGGACUGCAUCGCCACCGGCAUCCAGUCUGUGCGGGACUGCGACACCACCGCGGUGGUCUCGGUGGCCUGCCUGCUGGUCCUGUUUGUGUGGUACUGCUACCACGUGGGCAGGGAGCAGCCCCGGCCCUACGUGUCCGUCAACUCCCUCAUGCAGGCCGCGGAUGCCAACGGGCUGCAGAACGGCUACGUGUACUGCCAGUCGCCCGAGUGCGUGCGCUGCGCCCACAACGAGGGCCUCAACCAGAAGCUCUACCACAACCUGCAGGAGUACGCCAAGCGCUACUCCUGGUCCGGCAUGGGCCGCAUCCACAAGGGCAUCCGCGAGCAGGGCCGGUACCUCAACAGCCGGCCCUCCAUCCAGAAGCCCGAGGUCUUCUUCCUGCCCGACCUCCCCACCACGCCGUACUUCUCCCGGGACGCGCAGAAACACGACGUGGAACUGCUGGAACGGAACUUCCAGACCAUCCUGUGCGAGUUCGAGACCCUCUACAAAGCCUUCUCAAACUGCAGCCUCCCGCAGGGCUGGAAAAUGAACAGCACCCCCAGCGGGGAGUGGUUCACCUAUUACUUGGUCAAUCAGGGGGUGUGCGUCCCCAGGAACUGCAGGAAGUGCCCACGGACGUACCGCUUGCUCGGAAGUCUUCGGACCUGUAUUGGGAACAAUGUUUUUGGGAAUGCGUGCAUCUCCGUGCUGAGCCCCGGGACUGUGAUAACGGAGCACUAUGGACCCACCAAUAUCCGCAUCCGGUGCCAUUUAGGUCUGAAAACCCCAAAUGGCUGUGAGCUGGUGGUCGGGGGAGAGCCCCAGUGCUGGGCAGAAGGACGCUGCCUCCUCUUCGAUGACUCUUUCCUGCACACCGCGUUCCAUGAAGGCUCAGCAGAGGACGGCCCACGGGUGGUUUUCAUGGUGGAUUUGUGGCAUCCGAACGUCGCAGCGGCCGAACGGCAGGCCCUUGAUUUCAUCUUUGCCCCGGGACGAUGAGGGUGUCUCCCGUGCUGGAGUCGGUGAGAGGGGCCGCGGCGAGCCUGGGCAGACCGUGGCACCGUCCAGCCUCUGCCCGUGUCGUGUGUCGCGAUUCCACGCUCAGAAACCUGCCUCGAUGGAAGGGUCUUAUCUGGGACUUUUAUAUCCUGUUGCGUCCCUCUUUCCUUUGGUUAUUGUAAAUGGAAACUUCUCAGCUUGUAUUUCCUUAGGUUUUUUUUUUUUUUUCUUUCCUUCCAAUCAUUUGCUUCUGAGAUUCUUUUCUGGCCUAAUAGCGCAUUCCUUUGACUCUGUGACCAGAGACUCAGUGCCCUUGUGAGUCUGUGUUUCGUUGCUACUUGUCUCUUCGAGUGCUCUGAAAUACAGUAACCAAAUGGUUAUUUGUCUGAAUGUAA